UAGAAAGGGGGAUAUGGAUAUUUUUUCCCCCUUUAUUUAACCCGAUCUCUCCCCCGUUGGCGUAUCUCUCUCGCCCCCAAAUUCCACAACUCACAACCCCCCUUUCUCUCUUUCUCCUUCGAUCCCUCUCCACAUCCACAGGGAUCCUACGCGGCAAAAAAAUGGGGCUAACGUUCACGAAACUCUUUAGUCGGCUGUUUGCCAAGAAGGAGAUGCGGAUCUUGAUGGUGGGUCUUGAUGCAGCUGGUAAGACGACCAUUUUGUACAAGCUCAAGCUUGGUGAGAUCGUGACAACGAUUCCUACCAUUGGGUUUAACGUGGAGACCGUGGAGUACAAAAACAUCAGCUUCACCGUCUGGGAUGUCGGGGGUCAAGACAAGAUCCGUCCGUUAUGGAGGCACUACUUCCAGAACACACAAGGUCUUAUCUUUGUGGUUGAUAGCAAUGACAGGGAUAGAGUUGUUGAGGCAAGAGAUGAAUUACAUAGGAUGUUGAAUGAGGACGAGCUUCGAGAUGCAGUCUUGCUUGUGUUUGCUAACAAACAAGAUCUUCCAAAUGCAAUGAAUGCUGCCGAAAUCACUGAUAAGCUUGGCCUUCAUUCCCUUCGCCAACGCCACUGGUACAUCCAGAGCACCUGUGCAACCUCAGGAGAGGGACUUUACGAGGGUCUCGAUUGGCUUUCCAAUAACAUCGCUAACAAGGCAUAAGAUGAAACAAGACCAAACCUAAUGUCGAUCUUGGAUGCUGGGAGCUUUUGCUUUGCUCUGUGUGUUUGUUAAUGGGUAGCAAAUGUGUCUACUUAUAUAAUAUUUGGCUGUAUUGCAGUUACUUUUUAAAAGCAUUGUCUAAAGUUUGUAACAGAGGUUAAUUUUGAUUGUUUUAUUAUAUGAUGAUGAUGUUUCUUAACUAA